GGACCAAUCCGUAUUGACGCCUCCUCAUAUCAGCAUGGAAAUCCUACUGGGCCCCACCGUCUCAGACCGACACUAAUUAAUGAUCGACCUGGUUCUGAGAUGGUCUUCUCGGGCGGAUCCGCACCUCCAUCGACAGCAACGCGGACCCAGAAUAACAUGCAUUUGGGUAUCGACUACUCGACUUCGUCUUACGGUUCACAUCGAAGCAUGGUCGUGAAUGCCCUUCAAGUAAGACAGGCGUGA